AUGCGAGGCCCGCCCCCGCCGGCUCACAGCUCGUCGCGCAGGGUCAGUCGCCUGGCUCUCCGGGUUCGCUUCACAAGUCCCGCCCCCUGCCCUCCUCUCCCGGGGCGCCUCGCCCUCCCGGUGGAGUUGCGCACUGUGCAGAGCUCGCGAGGGCAAGGCUUGGAGGGUGGGAGUCGGGGCUGCCAGGGCGGGGUCCUUCGCAGGCCCGCCCAGUCGCCUGCGCCUCCGCGCGCCAAAGUCAAAGUGCGGGUCCCGCCGGCGCGAGAUUGACGCUGCAACCCCGAGCUACCGACGCCGCCGCCGCCGCCUUCCUGCAGGUCCCGCGUCCUUAGGCAUGGCCACCCCACCUAAGAGGUUCUGCUCUUCUCCCUCAACCAGCUCUGAGGGCACCCGCAUCAAGAAGAUCUCCAUCGAAGGGAACAUCGCUGCCGGGAAGUCAACGUUUGUGAAUAUCUUAAAGCAAGUCUGUGAGGAUUGGGAAGUGGUUCCUGAGCCUGUGGCCAGGUGGUGCAAUGUGCAGAGUACCCAAGAUGAGUUUGAGGAGUUGACAACAUCUCAGAAGAGUGGUGGGAAUGUUCUUCAGAUGAUGUAUGAGAAACCUGAGCGGUGGUCUUUUAUCUUCCAAUCAUACGCCUGUCUCAGCCGGAUCCGGGCCCAGCUUGCCUCUCUCAACGGCAGGCUCAGGGAUGCAGAGAAACCUGUAUUAUUUUUUGAACGAUCUGUGUAUAGUGACAGGUAUAUUUUCGCAUCUAAUUUGUAUGAAUCUGACUGCAUGAAUGAAACAGAAUGGACAAUAUAUCAAGACUGGCAUGACUGGAUGAAUAGCCAGUUUGGCCAAAGCCUUGAAUUGGAUGGAAUAAUUUAUCUUCGAGCUACUCCAGAGAAGUGCUUAAAUAGAAUAUAUAUACGGGGAAGGGAUGAAGAGCAAGGCAUUCCUCUUGAAUAUUUAGAGAAACUUCACUAUAAACACGAAAGCUGGCUCCUUCAUCGGACUCUGAAAACCAACUUUGAAUAUCUCCAAGAGGUGCCUAUCCUCACAUUGGAUGUUAAUGAAGACUUUAAAGACAAACACGAAAGUCUGGUUGAAAAGGUCAAAGAAUUUUUGAGUACUUUGUGAUUGCACAGGAGACAACAGGCAACAAAAUGUUUCUACAUACUUCAGUUUUGUAUAUUGCCAUAGCUUGAUAUUACUGCAAAAGUCUUUAGAAGAUUAAAGUUUUUAAACCAUUUUUGUUUUAAGAAAAACCCCUUUCCUUUAUAACAUGUAUAUAUAUAUAGUUUAUUUAAUAUUUGUAAUCGUAUGUAAAACUUUGUGUCCUUCCUUUACUCCCUACAUCCUCUGCUUCUGGUCGUCCUUCCUUUAGGUUUUAAAUCAGAGGUGUGUAAUCUCUCACAACAGGAAGUACGGAAGUAGAUUUUCCUAGAAUCAGUGCAGUGAAUGGAUAAACUGUUCUAACAGGCCCAGUCUUCUCUGCCUUCUCAGUUGUCAUCCUGAGCAGGUUAACGUGUUUUCAUGGUGUUCAGUGGCGAGCAGUUUCAUAACUGGACACUUUACCAUGAGGAUGCAUAUCUUAUGUAAGGUAGUGUACCUGUUAAAAGCUGAGAAGUGGCGUUUGAGGAGUCCUUGGGGUAGGGAUGUCACAGCGUUUGCGUUGUUUUCUUCCUGUUCCCUUUGGUCGAGCUGGAGAUGGAAGCCCUACAGAGCUGUCCCUAGCCCUUGAUGUUUUCAUCAAGUCCUCUCCUGCUCUGCUCGAUGUGAGGGUGAGACCAUGUUAGCAGCACCACAGUGAUGUUCACUGCUGUGGCUGGUGCGUUUGUAGAGGAGGAGGUUAAACUCUUUCCAGUUUGAUAAAUGUAUAAUUACUUUAUAAGUCUCGUAAUCUUUAAUCUGUUUCUUUUUUUUUUUUAGCAUCUUUUUUUUUUUUUAAGAUUUAUUCAUUUAUUAUAUAUAAGUACACUGUAGCUGUCCUCACACACACCAGAAGAGGGCAUCGGAUCCCAUUACAGAUGGUUGUGAGCCACCAUGUGGUUGCUGGGAAUAUAACUCAGGACCUCUGGAAGAGCAGUCAGUGCUCUUAACCGCUGAGCCAUCUCUCCAGCCCUUUAAUCUGUUUCUUUGUCUGGGAAGAGUAUUCUUUAUUUGCAUGAAAUUUUGCAUCAGAAGAGAUCUCUACUUAAGAGGUAGCUAAAGUUUAUUACAUGAGUCUAAAGCUUCAUUAAGGUAGCUGUUGCUUGUUUGAAUUAUGUUUUUUGUUUUUUUUUUUUUUUAAGACAGGGUCUCUACAUAUCCCUAGCUGUCCUGGAGCUCACUAUAUAGACCAGGCUGGCCUGGCCUUGAAUUUACAGAGGUCCACCUACUUCUGCUUCCCUCCCCACUCCCAGUGCUCAGACUAAAGGUGUGCAGUAGCACACUGGGCUCUGAUUUUUUUGAAAUUAUUUGAGGUAACCUUCCUCACUAAUUUUCUUUUAGUUCUCCUGUAAAAUGAUCAUAGAAGGUUUUCCUGUAAAAUGAUCACAAGGUUUUCCAUUUUUCCACAGCCCUGAGUUGAUAACGGGUGGUCUCUCUUUAGCUUUGGACAUGGUGAGACACUCAGAGGCCUAGGUUAGCUUUUGAGCCUCCCAGUCUGUUCAGCCCCACCUCUGAUAGGCAGGCUGCUGACCUGAGAUUUAAACCCCAUUUCUGCUGAGAGUGCUGUGGUCACACUAGGCUUCAUAGUUUGCUUGCUUUGUAGAAUUUUUCUUAAAAGUAGUCACAGAGAAAUUACUGAUAAAACAACUUUUCUUUAUAUAUAGUGCAUCAUGGAAAUGUAACAAUUUUGUUGAACUAGGUAAUAAAAUUAACAAAGACCAGGAGGCCUAAAUCUCCCACUAAGAAUGCACGUACCUCUGAACUACUUUUAUGUUUAGUUGUAAGUAUGCUUGGAUUCAACUUACGCCUACAUAGAAUUAACCAAGUUUUUUUUUUUUUUUAAUUGUUUGUUUGCUGUAGUUUUUAAAGUUAAAAUGUGUGUCAUUUUUACCAAGUAAUUAACCUUUCUAAUUCAUAUUAAGAAAAAUGUAUGCUGGGGUUGGGGAUUUAGCUCGGUGGUAGAGCGCUUGCCUAGGAAGCGCAAGGCCCUGGGUUCGGUCCCCAGCUCUGAAAAAAAGAACCAAAAAAAAAAAAAAUGUAUGCUAAAUGUAAAUAAGAAAUACUCAAGUUAAUAAAAAAAAAAAGAGAAAUGUAUGCUUUCUUGAAAUGAAUUGCAUUUCUUUUGAAGCUAUAAUUUUUCUUUCUAAAAUGUUACCUUUUCUUUUUGGUUUCUUAUUCAAAGAUGAUAAUUCAGUGGGCCAGCACUGAUCUUUGAAAAGAGGAAUCAAUUUCAAGUCGGUAAUAACUGUAGCUUAUUUUGUGAUACUUGUUUUUUGUUGUUGUUUGAUAUAAAUACAUUUGUCCACUCAAAUAUUUGUCAAUAAAUGAAUUUAAAGUUCUUGAGCCAUAUGGGGAGAGUUUUAAUUUUCCAAAGCAGGCGUCAUUUAGUUUUCUUCUUGGAAUUUUCCAACUUUGUAUUUUCCACUUAGGUCUAUGAUCCAUUUUCAGUGUUGUGACGAUAAUCAGGUUUGUUGUGGAUUUGUGUGUGUGUACACACGUGCACUGUAUGCCUGUUCCAAUACCACCUUUGCUUCCUUUUAUGGCUUUGCUCAGCUUUUUGGAGACUAUCUUUAUGCAAGCCUUUCCCUAGUUUCUUGACGUUGGUUAUUUUAUUCAUCUUUUUUUUUUUUUUUUUUUUAACAAUCCAGACUUUAUCCCCUUCCUGGUCCAUCCUCUGACUGUUCUACCCCAUCCCAUACCUCCUCCUCCAUCUACAAGAGGAUGUCUCCCCCUUCCCCGCCAGUUGUAGUUUUAUAGUAAUCCAGUUGACUGGUGCCAUCCUUCCAUUUGCCUGUUUACAAGUCUUGGCCUGGAACUCAGUCCUGCUCCAGUGUCCUUGGUGCUGGUUUAUAGCUGUGCACCACAUGGUCAGCUUCUUUUCAGUGUUGAGCUGGGCAACGCUGAGACCUUUCGUCCCCUAUGGAAAUGUUAGAAUCGGUUUGCCAGUAGCCACAAGAGAACUUGCUGACAGCGCCGAUUGGCAUGUUGUUGGGUCUAUAGAUCGAGUUGGGAAGCUCUGACAUUUGGAUACUCAUGGAGCUCUGUCAUUUUGCUGUCAGUGAACAUGGAUGGGUAUCAUUUCAUUUAGUUCACUGACAGCUUCAAAGUUGUGUCUUUUUUAUCAUACAGAUCGCAUAGAUCUUCUAUGUGUUUUUGUUUUACGCCUAAGUGGUAAUGCGUUUGCUAUGUUAAUGUAUUCUAAGUUUUUGUUCAUUUCUGUUGUUCUUCCGCCUUAAUGAUCUUGCUGUGGACAGAGACUUUCUCUGUCAUUGUUCCCAACAAAAUUGCCUUCUCUAUUCUUUUUAUUACUUUAGGUAGGACUUUGAGAGGGGAUUGUCGAACCUUGUUCCCGGUCUUACCAGGGAAGCUUUAGUUUUCUCAUAUUAAAGUAAUGUUAAUUGUUCCAGCU